UCACGUUACGUUCUUGAUGGCGAAGUUGCUUACUUUCCUUAAAAUCGUUUUCUUUUCCAAAGUUUUUGUUCCCCAAGCAGAAUCCCAGCCUGUUUUUACCAAAGUGCCCUCACUUUCAUCCUAUGUUGUUGUGGAAGGUAACGGCUUAUUUCUGCAGUGGAACUACACUCUUGGUGGAGCGUUUCGACAAGCUGAGUUCGACUUGUUGGGGACAACUGGUAUAGACAUUGUAGAACGUUUUGUAUCAGAUUCGAACGCUUUUAUUUAUCCAGAUUACCGAGGCAGGGUGAAAGCGAACAUCACAGCAACACAAACGAAUGUUAGUUUCCUUUCGCUGACCAGAAAAGACACUGGCAUUUAUGCAUUUCAAGUAAUACGCAAUUCAGACCGAAAGAAGAUUUCUAGUUCAGUGAGAAUUACGGUGCAAUAUCCACCGGAAUUCAGCAACAAUGGUGGUGACGUAGUUGUUACUGAGGGUACUGACGCCAGUGAUAAUAUAAACUUGGAGUGUACUGCUGAUGGUGAACCAACACCAAACAUCACCUGGACCAAAGUAUAUGCUAACGGAAGUGACAGUGAUGUACUUGCAACUGGGAAUCAGUUUGUCCUUGCAAACAACAGAACUAACAGUGGAACAUAUCGCUGUACAGCAUUUAAUGGAAUAGGAACUGCACCAAGUCAUACAUUGAAAGUAGAUGUUAAUUUUAAACCAGAGAUUAUCAAGCAAUUGGUGAGUGAUUCAACUGUAUGUGAAGGUGAUGUUAUUAAUAUCACCUGUUCAGCAGACAGUAGACCUGCUGUGCAUACUUAUCAACUGUUUGAGAAUGGAAUAAUAGUUGUUGAUGGAAACAGCUCCGCUGGGGUAUGGAUAUUGAGGAGGGAUUUAAAAGAAGGAAACUUUAGCUACAGAUGUGUGGUUAAUAACACUAUCAGUACAACUGAGGAGACUGUCAAUAUCACAGUAAAAGUGCCCUCUAAAGUUUAUCCGUUGGAGAAUAUCACAGUGAUAGAGGGAGAAAACAGUACUUUAACAUGUAAUGCCUCUGGAAGUCCUGUACUGACUGUGACAUGGACAGGAGUUAGCACCGGUAGUCAGUCCAAUGGAAUCGUACAUUAUCUUACAAAAAUUAGUAGGAAUGCUUCUGGUGAAUACAAAUAUGAAGCUAUAAAUGACUGUGGACAUAGCUCUGCUAGCACUUUCCUCACUGUGCUCUUUAAACCAGAGAAUUUCAAGUUCACAGUAAGUAAAUCAACUGUGUGCCAGGGUACUGUGGUGAUAUUCCACUGUUCAGCAGAUGGAAAUCCCCCGGUGGAUACCUAUCAGUUGUUGGAGAAUGAUAAACCUGUGAGUGCUGGCAGCAACCGUCUUGGAAUGUGGAGCAGGAAUAUGUCAAGUGGAGGAGUGUCCAUCUACAAAUGCAUGGCGAACAACUCUGCUGGAACAGCAUACAGUAUGAGCCUAAAUGUUACUGUAAAUGAGUGUCAUUCCGUCUUUACAAAGGAACCUCCUUCCCCUUCCUUAGUUUUGGAAGGUAAUGAUUUAUUUCUGCAAUGGAACUACACUCUCACUGGAUCGCUUCGCAACUCUGAGAUAAUUCUUGUGACAAACGGACCAAUAACGGUUGCAGCUCGCGAUGCAUUAGACAUUUCUCAGAACAAACCAGCCUUAAUACUUGAUGCCUUCGUUGGUCGGGUGGAAGGAAGUAUUACGGAUGUGCAAACAAAUGUAACUUUCCUUUCGGUGAAUAGAACUGACAGUGGGAAGUAUCGACUUCAACUUGAAGAUUCAGACCGGAACCCGUUCGAGAGUGAUGUGACAGUCACAGUGUUAUAUUCACCAGAAUUCACCAGCGUUAGUGAUGAUGUUGUUCUUGUUGACGGUGAAGGUGAUCCAAGUAUUACUUUCGAGUGUACCGCAGAUGGUGAACCAACACCAAGCAUCACCUGGACCAGAGUAUAUGAUAAUGGAAGUGACAGUGGUGUAUUGGCAGGCGAGAGUCAGUUUGCCUUUGAAAACAAAAGAACUAACAGUGGAACAUAUCGCUGUACGGCAUAUAAUGGGAUAGGAACUGCACCAAAUCGCACAGUUAAAGUAGAAGUCUACUUUAAACCAGAGAUUAUCAAGCUAUUUGUGAAUGAUUCAACUGUCUGUGAAGGUAACGUUAUUAGUAUCACCUGCUCAGCUUACAGCAGACCUGAAGUGCAUACUUAUCAACUGUUUGAGAAUGGAAUAUUGGUUGUUGAUGGAAACAGCUCAGCUGGGGUAUGGAUAUCGAGGAGGGAUUUAAGAGAAGGAAACUUUAGCUACAGAUGUGUGGCUAAUAACACUAUUGGUACAACUGGGGAGACUUUCAGUAUCGCAGUAAAAGGUAUAGUGUGA